AUGCCAAGAUACCUUGUUCGUUUCUUUAAUGACUAUGCUGCUUUCCGAUUGCCAGACUUGGAGUGUUCUGCACACUCCUUUUCGAUACCAUUGAGUCAUUGUGGAAAAUUGGAAGAUGAUGAAGUUUUUUAUUUUGUUGAUUAUCCUUCGGAAGAGGAUGCCAAGAAGGCAGUUUCAAGAUCUGUGCUGAUACAAGGUAUUUAUGAAGUGUGGGGAAGUGGUAGUUCUGCUGAGGAAUGUAUUGAUCAAACAGGAAAAUAUUGUACUGAGAAUGCCCAACAUGUGUCUUCUAUUUUACAUGAUUCAUCGUCAUAUUGUAUCACUGUUGAAAAUUAUGGUUGUAGAUGGACUAAAAAACAAAAAAUUGAUUUGAUGAAAAGUUUUAAUACGAUACCUUGGAAAGGAAGGGUUAAUUUGGAAACGCCUGACACAGACUUUUUCAUUUUCCAAGAUUUUAGAAACUCUAGUAUUCCUGGAUUUAAAAAGGAGGGCAAUGAGCAAGAAACUCUAGUUUUAAAGCAAGUUUACUUUACUAGAAAGCUAGGUGAAGGUUCUAGACAUUUAAUUACAGAUUAUGACUUGAAGAAGAGAAAGUAUAUUGGUACAACAAGUAUGUGUGCCACACUGUCAUUCCUCAGUGCUAAUUGUGCACUUGCCAAUAGAAAAUCUCUUAUUUAUGAUCCUUUUGUUGGAACAGGUUCUCUGAUUGUUUCAAUUGCACACUAUGGAGCUCAUGUCAUUGGUUCUGAUUUGGACAUUCGUGUGGUUAGAGGAAAGAAUUUCCGUCAAAAGGGUAAUAUUGAAAGUGAAACAAAUAUUCAAUCCAAUUUUGAUGAUUAUGGAUUAACUAACAAGGCUGGUCUUGAAUUGUUGAGAGUUGACUUAUCACAAAGCCAUGUUUGGAAACCUCAAAACAAAUCUCAUGCCCCAAAGCCAAUAUUCGAUGCUAUUGUUUGUGAUCCUCCUUAUGGAAAUAGAGAAGGGCCAAGAAAGAUUGGUAGAAAUAAGCCAUUGGCUGAGGAUAGUUUGGCAAGAGUUAAAGAAAAUUAUAUUGCUGGAACAGUUCCAUAUGAUGUCAAGGAAAUGUAUGAUGACUUGUUAGAAUUUGCUGCUAGAUCCAUUGUUACUAAGGGAAGAAUUGUCAUGUGGUUCUUUGUCAAUAAUGAUGAAUAUUGCGAGGAAAUUCUGCCAUCUCACAGAUGCUUUAAACUUCUCUACAAUAGUAUUGAUCCUCUCACAAAGAAGUAUCACAGAAGAUUAUUAACAUUUGAAAAGUUUUGUGACUAUUUUGAACCUCCAACCGCGAGCAAUAAGCAUGAUUUAAGUGAUGUUGCUGAAUCAGAAAAUAAGAGAAUCAAACAAGAAUAA